GCAGUCUCUCCAAAGUCUUGAGCAGGCACAAAAAGACGAUCCAGACAACCCAGACUCGGUAUCGCACAAUCUUUUACUUCCAAAGUAGCACAGUCAAGCUCGAAAGCCUGCUCCCUUAUCAGCGCCAUGAUGUGCUCCUCGUCACCGCUUCUCCACCUUCCCACGGAGCUCAUCCGGCUGAUCAGCACGAGCACAGACGCCGACACCUUUGAGAACCUCAUGCUCACCUGCAGGACCGUCCAUAACAGUAGCUCAGCCCUGAUUGCGCAGCACAACAAGUACAGGCGACUCUUCCGGAACGUCCUCAUCUGUGCGCCGUGGGAGGACUGUUCGCGGCUGGUCCAAGACUUGGCCGAUUAUGCCCUUGGCAUCGCCGCGCACCCAGAGAUCGCGCAAUACGUCCACUCUUUGACGGUCGAUUAUAACAGGGAACCGGAGGAUCUGGACGAGCCGGACCCUGCUUUCGAGGACGAAGGGCUGGCGUGGAUCCGGGCGCAGGCGAAGGGCCGGACCCGGGCGGACGGUGCACGCCUGGUUGCGGACCUGGAGCUUGCCUCGCCGUGGUUUCAGGCGGCUGCAGCCCGCUCGGAAGCCAGGAUAGAAGACGUGCCGCAGUUCAGGAAGCUGUAUUAUGGCGGAGAUGAAGGUGACGACGACGAUGACGACGACGAUGAGGAAACACCCAUCCCAGAAAUCGAAGAGGAGGACGCCGAGAGGAUUAUUCACCACCUCCUCGUUCUGCUGCUGUCCCGGUUGAACCACAUUGCGAUUCUUACUGUCGGCUGCAGCAAUAUCGAGCUAAUGGCGGUGCCCUAUAGGGACACGACGAAUAGAGACAGCCAUCGAGUUCUCCAGCUCAUGACGACACGCAUCAACGACGAAGAAGGGUAUCAGGCAAAGCGAGACCAUGCUGAGCACCCUGUGUGCCAGCUUGAGGACAAAGGCAUAGCGUGCCCAGUGUCGGAGAAGGACAAGGCCCGGCUGCGGGCCUGCAGCCACCUCGUUUCCCCGCUGAACAACUUGCGGGAGGUCCGCCUCGACCUCGAGCAUUCGACCGAGUGCAUGGCCGACGCACAAGUCCUCGAUGCUGCCUGGGCAUCCCCGCGCGUCAAGAGUAUGUUCGCAUCCUGUCUGGUCGCCAGCGGCGAGUACGACGGGGACCCUGCUCCUCUCGCGUCGGUGGUGUGGCGAGAAACACAUCCCUACAGCGGCAUCGAGCGCCUCGAGCUCGCGGCCAGCGCUAUCGCCCCGGGCGCUAUAGGCCAGCUGCUAAGCCGCAUGCCGUUCUUGAAGACGCUAAGGUACUCGCACAUGGUCAAGGAGGUCCUCAUUGGACAUGACUGGGACGUCGACGGGUUCCUGAAGACGGUGGCGAGGGCGUGUCCUCGUGUCCCUGCCUUGGUGCCUGAAGACAGCCCAGGUAAGCAGGUGGACAGUGAUGGGGUUCUUAGCAGCAGGAGCAAUUCCCAGACGCAGCGGCUCGGAGACCAGAUAAACGACUUGGGUAUAGCCGUGGAUCACAUGAGCAAUACAUACCCGACUGGCGUCUGGUCUCUCCACGAGUUCACGGCACUGAAACGCCUGGAAGUUGAUGCAGAUAUCUUCUUUGGCCCGAAUCCCGCCUCGGGAGAGCGAAGAUCAGGCAAGUCGCCAUCGCCACCCACGCAGCCGGGGUUCGAGAAGUGGGACCGGACGAAGGAUGGCCACCUUCCAAGACUCGUGGAUGUCCUGCCCCCAAGCAUCGAAGAGCUCGAUUUACACGUCAAGGGGACGUUUGGCAUGGAGUGGGUGAACCUCCUGCAGGGUUUUGGGGCGGAGAGAGCUUUCAAGCUGCCCCUGCUCAGGAAAUUCACUGUGCACGGGGAGCUGGUACACGUGGUAGGGCAGUAUCUCUCAGACCCGGCCGAGCGGGAAAGGCUGGCCACCCUGGCGCGACUUGCCAUCGAAGAGGCCGGUGCUGAUCACAUGGGUUUCACAAGUAAUUUCCAGAGAUGGCAGGAUGAGUUUGAUUCCAGAGUCAGUGCCCACCUGACGCUGGUUGGCUCCAAGAAGGAAUGAUCAAUUUUCCACCCCGCUGCAUUCGCGGUGUCUCGUACUGCUGGAAGCGCCUCGGAGAUUGAAUCCAUUCUUUGCGACAUUCUCCAAUGAGAAGAAAGAUAGCGUGCAUUGCAGCCUGAUCGCGAGUGAUCAGAUAACAGGAUGGGUUGCAAAUGCUGGGGCCGAAUGUCUAGCUGAGGUUCUGUAGUGGCGUCCAAUCAUGUCUGCACGUUGGUGUGAUAGAGGCUGCAGUUAUGCAGCCGCCUUACUGCGCCCCAACUUGUUGGUCGAACGCCUUGAAGAGAGCGCCUGCCUCACAAGGGAACAUUCGAUGCUCUUCUUCCCCGCCUCAAUCACUUUCUUCUGAUUCCAAGACUUCAAUCCCGAUCCCAUCUUCUUGAGGCUGAAAGUGUACAACCAUUGCAUGAGCUGUCAGGAAGUUGAGCAGUACGAUGGCGAUGGC